ACUCGCACACUCUCAUUUCUCUGAGUACAACAACUGGUGAGGAGCGGAAGUCCGAGCCGAGCCGAGCCGAGCCGAGCCGAGCCAGGUUACUAGAACUACUAACUAAAGUCUAACUCAGGACAGAUCAAGCUCAUCUGGCUUGUUGAGCCUUUUGGUGACAGUGCCAAAAAUAACCGUGCGUAAUUACGCAUAGAAAGAAGAAGACAACAAUGAGUGCCACAGCCGCCAUGGAAGUCAACGCCGAAGCCAGACGGAUCCUGGCCGUGUCGAUAAGCAAGCUGUACGCCUCCAGGACCCAGAGAGGAGGACUGAGACUCCACCGGAGCCUUCUGCUCUCCAUGGUCAUGAGGUCUGCCCGGGACAUCUACCACUCCUCCCGGGAGAGCGAGGGGCCAGCCGGCGCGCAGCCAGCAUCGGAGGAGCCGAUGGACACCACCCCCAACCCCGAGGAACAACCCGGGCUGCCCGAGCCUGAGCCCCAGCCGGCUCUGAACUCUACCGAGCCAGCCCAAGAGGAGCCGGACAGCUCGGAGGAGGACAGUGACACUGAAAUCACAGAGGACAAAGAGAACUUGAGCCCGGCGAGGCAGUCCAGGAAGCGCCGGGGCAAGGCGUCGGCGGCGCCUGACUUCCUUCCCAGCAAGAGGGCGAGGCUGGAGCCCGGGGAGGAGAGGUAUGCGGCCCCGCUGGGCAGCUGUCGAGCGGGGGCCGGGGACACCCUGAGCGCUUUGUCUCUAAAUCGGGUUAUACCUGCCUUCUGAACAGACGGAGGGACAGAAAAUAGCCUCCAAUGAGACUUUGGAGCGGAGUGAUUCUCAACUCCUCGUUAGCCUAUAAGGGCGGUUUGAUCCCUUGGCGCACCAAGGAGCUGACCUACAUCGGCGAUCCUGGGACAAAGGGAUUACCGGGGCCACGGUGCGAGCUCUCCGGGUCGAUCUGAGGGCGCCUGCCGGGGCUGGUAGAGCCUCCCCCUCUCCCCCCCUCCCUCCCCAACAGAGAUCAGCGGAGCAGAAAGGGGGAGAAGAAGCCCGAAGCAGGCCGGAAAGUUUGAGGAAGAAACCGAAAAGCGGGGGGUGGGAACCGAGCGAGUCGCUUUCUGGUUCCCCGGUGAUUCACCUUCAGCGAGAAUGAGUCCAAACAAGUGACUGCUGCUGACUCAAAGUGUGUGUUGUGUGUGAAUCAGCAGUGAGUGAUGUGAGUCAGUCAGAGGAGAAGUGAAGUGGUGAACGGCUGACCACAGAGCAACACACACACACACACACACACACACACACACACACACACACACACACACACACAAGAAGAAGCACUGGAGGGAAUUUCCUGCCUUUGUGCCGGGACAUGAGACUCUGAAAGAGGAAGGACAGCUGAGAGACUAUCACACACACACACACACACACACACACACACACACACACACACACACUGCUGCUGUGGACUUGUGAUAAAUCAAUACUACUGCUUUGGAACUGUCAUAAACAGUGUUCACAUGGUGCUUUUUUUUUUUUUUUUAAUCAGGCUCUCCACACGGUGUUGGUGAAGCCCAGUCAUCUGAACUCUUCUGUGUUUUCUAUGUCACCGAAAUGUUUGAUUGUUUGUUUUUUUCAUGAGCGACAUGUGGAAAAUAAUAAUUACCUCACAUUCAAAGCUGCUUUAUUCUAUUUUGUGUGAUGGAACUGAUGGUGUAAUAAAACACGUUGAAAGGA